UCCACCUCUAGUUUUCGUCCACAAGUUGUGUGUGUGUAUAAAAGAAAACCCAUCCCUAACCAAACCCAAUAGUUCUCCUCUAAGACAAGAUCUUAAAAGUGGUUUGGUUUGGUUUGAUUUUUAGGCUCAUUAAGGUAGUGAUUAUUAUGGGUUCAGCUAGGAAAUCAACUUGGGUUGUGGCAGCAAGUAUUGGAGCAGUUGAGGCAUUGAAAGACCAAAUGGGAGUUUGUAGAUGGAACUUUGUUAUAAGAUCAGUGCAGAGCCAGGCCAAGAGCAAUAUCAGAUCAUUCUCUCAGGCCAACAAACUCUCUCCUUACUCUUCUCUUGCUCUCUCCAAAGUCAUUAGAACAGAUGACACUUUGAAACAGUCUGAAGACUCCGUGAGAAAAGUCAUGUACUUCAGCUGUUGGAACUCUUAAUUUCUACUUUAAUAAUAUAAAUUGUUGAGCCUCAAAAGCUUUAUUCUUAAGAUGUAGAUAGUAAAUAUUGUCAUCCUAAAUAAUUUCCCAUGUUUAUGAUGAGUAUGCCUAUAUAUAUAUAAAGAUGAAAUAUAUAUAAUUAAGCAAUAGAUGAAACUCAUCGAAUGAGACACAUGCUAAAUGUCAUGACAAGGAAGAGUAUAAUAU